AUCCUGACGGGGGCUAAACACUGAGAUUAAAACGCAUUGCGAGAACACCAUUAAGAAGACAGUUACAAGUGUUUUAAUCUUAACUACAUUCAUUGUAUAAAGCGGUUGAUCGAAUUGUAUCUUAUUUCCUAUCUAAAAUUCAUCAGUCAAGCUUGCAAUGCACCCAAAAGGUUUCAAUUGAAUUCACAGAAAGGAUCUGCGCAAACGUCAUCUAUCCACGCGCCUAUCCAGUUAGGGGGGUUCCAUCAUGGCGUCAAUGCAGAAAAGGCUGCAAAAAGAACUGUUGGCUUUGCAAAGUGAUCCACCCCCUGGGAUGACACUGAAUGAAAGGAGUGUGCAAAAUACAAUCACAGAGUGGUUUAUAGAUAUGGAGGGUGCUCCUGGUACUCUAUACGAGGGUGAAAAAUUCCAGCUGCUCUUCAAAUUCAGCAGUCGUUAUCCUUUUGACUCACCUCAGGUAAUGUUUACUGGAGAGAAUAUUCCUGUCCAUCCACAUGUGUACAGCAAUGGACAUAUCUGUCUGUCCAUUUUAACAGAGGACUGGUCCCCAGCACUCUCGGUUCAGUCUGUGUGUCUUAGCAUUAUCAGCAUGCUCUCAAGUUGCAAAGAGAAGCGACGCCCACCGGAUAACUCAUUUUAUGUACGGACAUGUAACAAAAACCCAAAGAAAACAAAGUGGUGGUAUCAUGAUGAUACAUGCUAGUAGUGCUAGGACUUUUAGUAUACUGUAAUGGAAAACAGACUCACUGGUGGUACAUCUGCACUUUUUUUGAUAUUCAGUCUUUGGCACUAGACUGAGCAAACAGACCUCUGUGGCUACUUGGGAAAUGACCUUGGGGUCAUGCACUUCAGCGGGCUGAAAACUACAGGAAUGUAAACCUCCAUAUGUGCAUAUUAUGAAGCAAAGCAGUCGUUGCAGUGUAUGGGAGUCCAGUCCCUCAAACACCUCACUUCCUCCUUUUAUUUUUUUUAUUAUUUUUUUUUAUCAUUUGGGGAAUGACACAUGAUUCUCUCUCUCUCAAGCCUUGCCAGGUUGAUGCCUUUUGUGCAAUAAUCAUUUAAGCAUGCUUAGGGUAUCAAAGAUAGACAGUCCAAUGUGUAAUCAGAAAACUGGGAUCAAGCAUUAUAAGCAAAGACAACUUCUGGUUUUGUCUCACUGUAAUAUGCACUGUGAAAUUUAAGAAGUGCACACUAUUCUGUUUUGUCAAUGUAGAGUAAUGAAACCUUUGUUUGGCCAGAACCCAAAUUCAAGGUAAUAAUGAAUUUGUACUAGAUUAGCAGAAGAACUAUUCCAGCAGAUGGUUGGUUAUUGAUGUACUGAUACAUAAUGAUAUGAAAGAAAGGAAUUGGCAUCGGCCAAGGUCCAUGCAUUCUUUAUGCACACACCUCUUCCCCACUGCCUGCAAAGAAUUGAUUUUAGAAAAAGAAACAGCCACUUAAUCUUUCAUGUAAUGCUGUUACUUCAGGUUCUUUAUGGAUUUUAUGUUUCUUGUUUAGUAGGUGAAUGCUCUUAAAUAUUGCAGUGCUGGGAAAGACUUUUUUUUUUUUUCCCCCCCCCCUUUGCUAGUUGUUCUCUGCCAUUUAAAACCCCAGUUGUUAAUUGGUGAAAGAACUCUGCAACUGCCUGGAAACGGAUCUGAGUCUAUUAACAGAGCGUUUUAAACAUGAAAAUGUUAAUCAAAGGCUGUUAUUGCAGGACUAAGAAUGAUGUAUGGCUGGGGCUUUAAGGCUAGCAACUUUCAUUUGAAUUUGUGUGAUAUAGGUUAUGUUUUUGUUAUUUAACUUUAUUUAAACAAAAAGUUCUAAUUAAAAAAAAUAAUAUAUUUUGAAAUGAGUGCAGGUUUCUAGCAUUUAAUUUAUGCACUGAUGUAGUCUCAGCAUAUGUCAGCUGAUGACCUUUAAAUUGAAAACCAUUUUGAUAAUGGAGCACACUUUUGAUCUGAGGCAAUGGAGUCAUCGGCCAACUUCAGUCAAAAAGCACACUAGCUGUACUACAGUGGACCUCGGAAGUCCUAUCUGCGCAUUUAAUUUAGACUCUUUUCUUAGAACUUGCUCUUAUCCCUAGGGGGCAGUAUAAUCAUUGGUAUUAGGCAUGCUGUAUUCUUUGAAAAAAUUCUGCCCAGUAAAAUGACAGAACUGCAGGUGGUAGAUGCAGGAAUUUUACCUCGUAAUAGGUUUCAUGAUGCUUUAUCACUUACAAGUAAGCAAAAAGGCAUUUUUGUCUCACUUCAUAUAGUGAAUAAAAAAAGUAACAAUUUGGUAAGGACAGCCGUAUACAUACAUUUAUUAAAUUUGUCAAUGGACAGACAUCAUUCCACUAUGCUUUGUAAUGUCUCCUCCUCCCUUCAGUUUGUUUAUGUGCAUGGACUAUGACUUAGUUCAGUUUCACUUGUUGAAGUAGCAUUAUCAGAACAGGGAUCCAAUUUACCAAAACCAGAAAUAUCUAGCUCUGAUAUAGGAACCAUUAAAGUUUCACCCUGCUGAAGCAAAAAAUCUUGAAGAGCUAAAAUACACUUAACAGUUGGUAGAUCACUAGUAAGUUGUUGAAAUAGUAUUGCAUUUUAAUUAUUAAAUAAAUUAGUUGGACUAAAUCAAUAAUCAUGCAGUAAAAUGGGUUCAAAUUCUAUUAAACAUUAUAUAUUUUGUCAUGGUUUGAAAUAUUAAGUGAGAACACUAUGGUAGUGAUUUUCUAAGGUUUGUGAGCCAACUAUGGUCAGGAGCACUCUCAGCUUGAGAUAAGGAUCUAGUUGGGGAUUAUAGUGAUUGCAUGAACUCUUGUCACAGCGGAUUUUGUUAAUUUAGGUUAAAUUCAAUUUCAUAUUGGUCCUGGACACUGACCUGAUGAAAGCCUAAUGGCUAUUAAAGCUGAAUGAUGGCAAGUUACCUUUUGCUGGUGAGUGAAUCCAGCACACUUAUGAAUUUUGUAUUCAAAUAGCUCAAAUGUCAUGCCUUUUGUCUGAGCUCCUACUGACUCCAGUCCACAGGUUAACUUGGUAAUGUUAAAGACCAUUUGAAGCAACAAUAUGGGAAUAAUUUAUUUGAGAAGGUCCUUCUGCAGCUUUCAGUUCUCUUUGAUACAUAGAGCAGAACUGUGUGUAAGUCAAUUAAUUUGAUCAUUCAUCCUUCUUUUCAGUCACUUGUACAAUGCAGGCAAUAACCCCAAACAUUGGAAUGUAUGCUAGACUCAAAAAAUCUUGGGCAGACUAAUAAAUAUCUGUACUUGUUCUUGAGAAACAUAAUUUCCUUGUUGUCAUUUGUACAGAAAAUGCAGUUUACAUAAUCCAAUACCAACAAAUCCAGAUAUGCAGCUCACAGCCCUUUCCUUUG